CAUCUGUGUUUCAGCUCUUUGUGUGCUGCACUGAGAAUUCUGAUUCCUUAUUCCUUCCACUCUGAAUACAGGGAUCCUCUCCUCUCACAACCCAGGAUCCUAGGAUUGAUACUACAGCAGAUCUUUUAAAGAUGACACCCACACCAACUGUAACUCUCAACACCGGGGCCAGCAUGCCCAUCGUAGGCUUGGGGACAUGGAGGGCCGAUGCGGGCAAGGUAGCAGAGGCAGUGAAAGCGGCCAUCUCUGCAGGCUACAGACAGAUAGACGGAGCCUACUGUUACCAGAAUGAGGAUGAGGUGGGGGAUGGCAUUCACACCAUGAUUGGCCAGGGGGUGGUGAAGAGAGAGGAGCUUUUCAUCGUCAGUAAGCUGUGGUGUACCUUCCAUCAGAAGUCUAUGGUGAAGGGAGCCUGUCAGAAGACUCUGAGUGACCUCAGACUAGACUACCUGGACCUCUACCUUAUGCACUCCCCAAUGUGCUUUCAGCCUGGAGAGAAUCUAUUUCCUUUUGGUGAAGACGGACAAGUAAUCGCAGGUGACAGCAACUUCCUGGACACUUGGGAGGCUAUGGAGGAGCUGGUGGAUGCUGGACUGGUCAAGGCUAUCGGUGUCUCCAACUUUAACAAAGACCAGAUUGAAUCCAUCCUGAACAAGCCAGGCCUCAAGUAUAAACCUGCCAACAACCAGAUUGAAUGCCACCCCUAUCUGACUCAGGAGAAGCUGAUCAACUACUGUCACUCUAAAGGCAUCUCAGUGACAGCCUACAGCCCCCUGGGCUCCCCAGACAGACCAUGGGCGAAACCUGGUGAGCCGUCCCUGCUGGAGGACCCAAAGAUAAAGGCCAUCGCUGUUAAGCACAAUAAGACCACAGCACAGGUCCUUAUCCGCUUUCAAAUCCAGAGGAAUGUGAUCGUCAUUCCCAAGUCAGCUACGCCCUCCCGGAUCAAGGAAAAUUUCCAGGUGUUGGACUUCAAGUUAAGUCCCGCAGAUAUGAAAGUCAUCCUUGGUUUCAACAGGAACUGGAGAGGAUUCGCUAUGGAAUGGGGCAACAAGCACAAAGACUUCCCUCUGCAUGCAGAGUACUGAAACCUCAGAGUGGAACUGGAGCUAAAGACAGAACGGACACUGACACCCACAUUCCUAUACUGUAGUGCCCGUCUUCCUGUCUGUGAAAAACACUGGGGACAUACAGUAGUUGUAUAUAGAUUCAACCACUACUUUGACAUUGUUCAUGAGACAGAACAGUUCAGGAGGCGAACAGAACGUGUCAGUGUAAUAAGUGGCAAAUAGUGCCUUUACUUGUUCAACAUUUAAACAUGUUGCAUAGUUGUUAGUUAACUUGUUGAAAAGUGCCUUUGAAAGCAUGAUACAAAUGUUGUGUCUCGUUCAAAUAUGAAAUUAUAUUCAAAUCAGUCCUUAGAAAGCUCUUUAGAGAUAUAUCUCAAACAAUAUGUUAACAUUGACAACAUACACAGUAAAAUGUGACUCAUUCCAGAAUGCCCUGAUGUUCUGCCCUUAGAUAUUAUGUAUUUCUACAUAUUUGAAACAAGAUUCUAUUCCUGAAAUAUAAACUGCCGACUACCUUGAUCUAUGAAUAUUUCCUCAUCUGCAGAUAUAAUAAAGAACACAGUACUAUGUCAA